AAUCCGAUUUUAGUAUAAUUAUUAGUGAAAACUCAAUCUUCCAACAUCAAAAUGCCCCCGGAAGCUAGUUCAACCAUCGAGCUGACGAAUCUCACCUGUCGCUUGUGUUUGAACAACAACGACACUCUUAUUCCGCUGGCGUACGGACUUUCCCAGGAAGAACAGCAGCAUGUCAUAGUUAAGCUACUAAACAUCGACCUGCAAGAAAAUUGGCCUUUCAAUAGCGCCUGCCACAACUGUGUCAUGAAGGUUCGGCUGGUCGAAAGCAUCCGAUCGCAGUUUGAAGAGAAAAACCGCAUCUUCGACGUGCUCUGGACCCAGUACAAACGAUUGCACUUUUCAAACGUAGUAACAUCGAGCAGUGCUACCAAAAGCGCCCCCAAAGAGGAGGUUCCCAAAACGAAGACGGUAACGUCGGGAUACAUCAUCGACGGAUUUGUGGUGGAAAAAACCGAGCUUGAAGUGGGCGGAGAGACUAUAUUGAUCAAAGCCGAAUCGGAGCAACGUGGAGGCAUCAUCAAGCGGGAACUGUACGAAGAGGAAGAUGAAAUUGUGGAGGAAAACAAUGCAAUUUACGAUGAACUUACGUUGGUGGAAAAUGUGCUGAACGAUACGCAGGAACUGAUCGAGGAAGACAAAGAGGGCGAACUGGAGCCCGACUUGGAGGACGACAUGAUAGAGGAGCAUAUUUUGGAGCAAGAUGAGUUCAGAAUGUCAAUUGGUGAUAUCCAUGAGCAGGUCGAGGUGGAUGAGGAGUUGGACCUGGAGCAAGGGCUCCAGUCGGAACAGGACGAUACUGAAAUCGUCCAUGAAGGCUCUGAUACUUGUGAAGAGGGCGAGGAAGCGUCGUGGCAAGAUGAUGGUUUCUACGACGAAACACUUAAUCGCUGCUACGUGUGCAUGGAAACAUUUGAUACACCCGAUCAACUGAACAGCCAUAUUGAUGACAUGCACCAGCACCUUUUACCAUUCCAUUGCGAUAAAUGCCUUGCGUACUUUACAUCCAUUGAAGAGGUGAAUCAGCAUCUCAUAACCCACAUGUAUCCGUUCGUGUGUCUCUAUUGUCCUCGCAAGUACUGCAGUGAGGACCUGUUGCUGCAGCACAACAAGGAAUGUCGAGCUUACCGCUGCCCGCACUGUACGGCCGAAUUUGAAAUAAUGGCCCAUCUGAACGCGCACAAAAAGAAGCAUACGGCGCAGCUUCGGGCCAUGAAUCAAUGCAAAACUUGUGGUAAAACAUUCGCGCACGCAUGCAAUCUGCUGAGGCACGUUAAAUCACGUAAAUGCAAUGCCGGUGGGAACGCAUCAAAACGUAACCCUGGUCACAAGAUGCCCGAUGAACGGAGAGGGUCGGUGAAAUUGUUGAGUGGUGCCCGCAGGAACAGUUUAGACCAGCGCAUUAAGAAUCUGCUGGUGUGUCAGGUGUGCAGCCAGAAGUUCGAGAGCAACUGCAACCUGGCGCGGCACAUUGAACGCGAACAUGCCGACUUUAACUUUCCCCUGUACCCAUGCGACGUCUGCCCGAAAAAAUUCACGGUGUUCGAGAAGUGCAUACGCCACCGGACGUUCCACAGGCGAGCCCAACCGAAACCGAAGCUUUCCAAAAAGGCCGAGACGACGUGUAAGAUUUGCCACAAGGAGUUCCGCGUGGAUCACUUGAUGCUGCGCCACUUGUCUGAGGAACACUCGUUGACGCUUGAACUGUUCCAGUGCGACCAGUGCGGGCGCAAGUUCUCAACGGAGAUUAAGCUCCGGAAGCAUCAUUACAAUAGUCACCGGAAAAACAAGACACUCUACGUGUGCUCGCACUGUGGGCAAAAGUUCGAAAAGAAGCUCACAUUAAAGGACCACGAGACGAAGCAUCUUGGAGCGCCCGCGUACCAGUGCCACGUGUGCGACAAAACGUUCAUCCACAAGCACAGCCUGGACCGCCACGCGCUAGUACACAGUGACGUUAAGCAAUUCGCGUGCGAUAUAUGCAACAAAACUUUCAAGCGAAACACCACCCUUGUAAUUCAUAGACGAAUUCACACCGGAGAGAAACCAUAUCUGUGUGAACCCUGCGGCCUCCGGUUUAUUGACUCGAGUACGCUUAUCAAACACAGGCAGCGGGCACACUCGAAGCCCGAGUGACCCCGAUGAGCAGGUGAUCUUUCCAAUUAUACACUGGUCGUUAGGUUGAAUUUUUGAUGUGGAUAGUUUUUAUUUCAGAUGUGUGUCAGAGGAAUAUUUAAAAUUAAUUGCACAUGUAAUUAAAAACUACAA